CAUGGCAGGUCGGUCACGCGAGAAAAAAAUCUGAAUUUCAUAUUUAAAUUUGACUUCAUUUUACUUUGUAAAUAAACUUUUUAAGUGUUUUUCUGUAAAUAGCUAUUAGAACGAUGUAUUUAGAAUACACAGUGUUACUGUACUUAUGAAAUCUUCACAAUGAUUAGUUUUAUUUGUGUAAAUGUUGUGUUGACGAAGUUUUGAUUUUUUUACUGCUGCGGUUUUACAGGAAAUCAAGAUGAACUCAAACCUCCACAGUGUAGAAAUAGAUCCUCUAGCAACAUUUGAUUAUCCUCAAUAUUCAAACUACCCACAACAACCAUACCCUUCACAAUACCAGAAUACAUAUAAUUACGACCUUAAAAUACAAUAUCCUAUAAAUUGUAAUAAAGAAGAUAUACAUACAAAAGAAAUAACAGAUAUCAAAGAAAACUCCAAUGUUAAAGAAAAUGUUGAUCAAAAUAAACAGACGAAAGUUAAGAAAGAAACAAAAGGUAGAGAAAGAAAGAGUUUCCUAUCGGAGAAAAUAGCUGACAGUGAUUUCCCUUUCUACGGUUGUGCGGUUUGCAAUAUCAGUUUUAAAUUGCUGUCAGAAUUAGAUAAACACAUCACAACGCAUAAAGAUAGAAUAACCAGCUAUGGUUUGAGAUUGAAAAAUCAAUUGAAAAGAAAAAAAAUCCGUAAAGAGCAGAAGAAAUUGAAAAAAUUGAAAAAAUCUUUGAAAAAAAUGCAAAACGGUACAGAAAUCGAUAUCAAACCAGAAGAUGGUUAUAUAGGGAAUACGAAAACUGUAGAUUAUAAACCGAAUGAAGUUGAAAAUAAGUUAGAUUCUAAGUUAACAGGGGUCAAAGAAAAUUCUACAAAGGAUGAACCACAAAAGGACAAUAAUUUGGAAAAAAUGUUCAAAUGUUUUGCAUGUCAAAAGCAAUUUACAUUAAGUUACUACCUUAAGUUACAUGUUCGUUCACAUACAGAUGAAAAACCCUACACAUGUGAGGAGUGCGGUCAAUGUUUUAUCACAGCCAGCAAGCUCGGAAGACAUAACAAGAGAAUCCAUCUAGCUAUCCGACACCAGUGCAGAAUAUGUUACAAAUACUUCUCUAGGUUUGAAUAUCUAACAAAACAUUUUGAUAAGAAACAUCCAGAAGAUAAGUUAGAAGGGGAACCGUACGAUUAUAAUGCGAUAUUGCCUUAUUUGAAAGAACUUGAAGAGCAAUUGCAAAUAAAAACUGACGAACCACAAGAGAAAAGUGAGAAAUUAUGGGAAGAUUGGCCGAUAGAUGAUUGUAAAUAUCCUAAUAUUAAAGAGAUUAUCAAACCGAUAGAUAAUGCUGUGAACAGUUUAACAGUGGUCGUGGAAAUGCCUAAAGGAAUAAUAGACACGGAAAUUAAAAAAGAAAUAGACUCGGAUGGAUAUAAUUCAGAUGUCAAAGGGGAUAUACAAGACAGCUGUUCAGAUAGCGAUUAUUUUCCAUCAAAUACAUGGGCAGCGUCACCAAAAAUAGAUUCACCGCCGCAUAAAAAGCGUGAAAAACCAGAUACGCCUAUAAAAUGUGAAAUAUGUGAAAAAACAAUAAGCUCCCAAUCUUAUUUACAAAUACAUAUGAGGACACAUACAGGGGAAAGACCAUUUAAAUGUUAUAUAUGUGAUCGUGGAUUUAUUACAGCGAGUAAAAUGCAUCGACAUGUCUUAACGCACUCUGAAAGUUUAGAUGAUCCAGCUAUGAAAUUGGAAAUAAAUUCAGAUGUAGGUACUGAUGUGAAGAAAAAUAAAAAAAUCAAGGACGGUAUAAAGAAAAAAUCCAAUCAAAGAUUGAAAAAAAAUCGACCCCACGCUUGUGAGUACUGCCACAAAAGAUUCCUACAUCUGGCAACACUACAAGUGCACAAGAAAUCUCAUGCUGGUGAGGAGCUAGUGCUGAAAUGCCACUUCUGCCUGAUGAAGAUGGAUGAUGAAGAGUCUCUGAAGGUCCAUGAGGCGACACACGAAGGUCCGAGGGCAUAUUUAUGCACGUUAUGCGGAAAAACUUAUAAAAAACGGGAAACUAUGAUGUACCAUAGAAAGCAUCAUACAACAGAUAAAGAGUACACUUGCGAUAUUUGUUCAAAAAGUUUCCCUUCAUCUCGUAAACUGGAGAAGCACAUAGCAACUCACAGAGCGGACCAGUACGUGGUCAGAUACGAGUGUCCUGUCUGUGCGCACAUGUUUAAUACUAAAUAUCACAUCAAAAUGCAUUUAGUUACACAUCAAAAGGAAGGAUUAAUAGUCGAAGCUAACAGAAAUGAAAUAUUAGCUAUGGUCUUGCAAAAUGCACGUCGGAUACCGAAAUAUCCUGAAUCCGGUGUGAAAACAUCGACAGACGAACAAAAUAAAAAAUGCAAUAUUUGUGGACAAGUUUUUCAGCAUUUUUUCUAUUUAGAGGAACAUUUGAAAAGCCACGGAUCGAAAAUAGCUUUGGAUGAUGAUGAAAAAAUCGAAGAAAAAAAACAUAUCUGUCAAGUUUGCAGUAAGAGUUUUAAAUUACAUUAUUAUUUGAAAUUACACAGUUUUACACAUACUAAAGAAAAGCCAUACAUUUGUCAGCAAUGCGGGAAAGGUUUUAUUACACGGGGUAAAUUGAAAAGGCAUUUAGAAACACAUAGCGGUUUGAAAAAAUAUCAAUGUCAUAUUUGUUACAAAUUUUUUACAAGACCUAGUUAUUUAAGAAUUCAUAUUAGGACAAUACAUGGGGCUGAAAACUUCACGCUUGAUAAACAAUUUGGGGUAAUUAACGGGUUAGGGCAAACUGUUUAAGGUUUUUUGGGAAAAAAAAUCAAAAAAUUUUGAUUUUUUGUAUAUUUUGUCGGAUAUCCGAAUUGGUUUAAGUCGAAUCCAAUUAUGAUAGCUUACUGACAAUGUCACAAGAGCCUUGUCUGUACUGUAGACUGUUUUUUAUGUCAUUUUUUGCUUAUUUAAAAAAAGCGUUCUCAAUUUGAACGGUUUUUUUGCUUGUUACUGAAUAUCUGCAGAUUGUUCCCAUUUUUUUUUAAACUAAAAAUUUACUAAGAACAGAUAACAGCGUUCUUACUACACUUUGUUUGACUAUAACUAAGAAAUUAUUUAUUUUACUUAAAAAAGGCUAUUUUUUAUGUGAAAAAAUGACAUUUUUUU